AUGGCCCCUGUGGUAAAGAGUCACGUGUAUCUACUCUCUGAAGUUUGUCAAACUUGGCUUGACAUCAGGAGGUCUGAAGCAACCCUACUCAACUGGAAUCUUUUCUACAAGGCAAAACAAUACACAAUCUGCAUCACGCCCUCCCUGUUUGGGCGUACUAGCAAGAAUUUGGUCAAAGAGCUUGGCGACAAAGACUUCAGGCCCAUCCAAAACCCGCUGAGUGCCAACAAAUUCUGUCAGCUGAAGCUACUGCGGAAGAAGAGGAGGACCCUCUCUCAGUUCUGGGAACGACCCGAUGUCCCAGUUGACUGCACCCUCACAGACAUCCUGGAGCCAAGCCCUUCAGUCCCAGUGCCUGUAGUGACAGAAAAAUUCGUCUUCAUUGACAAAAUGGUCUGGAAGGGGGCAGCUGAGGUAGAUGUGACCGCUGGGCUAGAAGUGUGUGUGUCGGGGAAGGCUAACCAGUCCUAUGAAUGCUCCCUGGAGGUUCAGUCUGUUACCAUCUCACCAUGCAACUGGGAAGACCUCCAGAAGAGGAAAGUGUUGGAUCAAGAGCCGUCAUUUCUGAAGGAGUGCAGGACCAGAGGGGACAACCUGUAUGUGGUGACAGAGGCUGUGAAACUGAUCAACAGAACCGUCCUGCAGGACAGCAGCCGUGUGAAUGUCACGGGCCAAUUCUCUGUCCCUUGGAGUUUUUAUGCCAAGAGCACAGGAGACAGGUCGGGUCUCAAAGUGAGAGAAAGGACGCUGACUCUGCCCCAGGGCACCGUGAUGGCCUAUAAGAGGAAGCAGCUGGUGUUCCGGGAGAAUGGCCGAGCCAUUCUUCUCAUCUCAGAUGAUGACAAGCGGAAAACCUUCCCAGAAGAUGACAAGAAACUGCAGGAGCUGCGGAUGUCACUAGAAAUUCUUUCCAUCUCAGAGGAUGGCAAGCAGAAAGCCUUUUCCGAAGAUGAUGAGUUCCUCAAGAAAUGGCCGAUGCAAUCAGCGAUGGGCACCAUAAGACGUCUCAUCCUCCCAAUUGGAAGAAUACAGGAACCCAUUUGCCGAGAUUUCAAGUCCCUACAAAACGAGGUUUCCAGGGAAAUGGAGGCAGUGGCUGAGCUCCCCAGGGACAUUCGAGAUGCUCUUUUCCAUACCAUCCUGGCCAAGCUCAAGGAGCAAGGGGCUCUGCAGGACCUCACAGACAUGCUGGAUGGGAACCUUUGGAUUCAUACGGGCAGCUUCCUAAGUGAGAUGCAGGAAGACUCAAGAAAUGUGUGGCUUGAGUCAAAACAUAUCAUUUACCUCCUUGAAGCCUUACUGGUGCUGAGUGACAUCCAACAUGAGCUGCUGGCCUGGUCCAUGGAGAAGAGGAUCCUGCCCCAGCAGCGGGAGCUGGUGAAGAGCAUCCUGGAGCCCAACUUCCGGUACCUCUGGAACAUUCCCUUCACCCUGGAUCCCAAGCUGCUUGCCUUGCUUCAGGAAGAGGGGUUGGCCGUCACCUUUGGCCUGCUGCAGGAGUGUGGCCUGAGGGUGGCACCCAACAACCCCAAGGGGACUUGGGACCUGGAGGCCAAGAAACCCCUGUCUGCCUUGUACGGGUCCCUCUCGGUGCUGCAGCAACUGGCUGAGGCCUGAGCCCUCCCCAGGGGCGCUGAGUCCAGAGAGGCCUGGCUGCACCCUGGUCUAGCUGUGAGCAUCCUCUGUGCGCAGGGAACAUGGAGCCCCACCUUCUGCCACUCCAGUUUGGGUGGACAGAGAUUGAUAAAGAUCAGAGGGAACAUUCUAGGGUGAUGGAAAUACUCUGUAACUCUGUAUCUUGCUAAAGGUUUAUGCGUUUGUCCAAACUCAACAAAUAGUAUCUAAAGAUCUGAGCAUUUCAUUGCAUGUUAAUUUUACUUCAAAGCAAUGUACACAAAGGUUGAACUCUCAUGAAUAAGCAUUCUGAAUUGCAUUGGGUAAAGUGUACUGACAUCUGUAACUUACUUGGAAAUAUAUUAGAAAAUAAGGUGAAUUGAUGGAUGGAUAGAGAAGCAUGUGAUCAAGGAAAUGUGAUAAAAUAUUUAAAACAAGAGUUCUUUUUC